GAAUUUGUGCCUAAUAUUAUUAUAUCUGACGCUAUGUUAACAGCGCCCCACAAUCUGCGCCAGAUGUAAGACCUAAGGUGUUCAGCAAUAAAAAAAUCAAACGAUCAAGUGCAAUCCCAAAAACAGCCAGUAGAUGUCACUGCUAGAUCACGUUCAAAGUUGGAUGGAUUAUCUUCUGUAAAUGUCAGGCCAAAUACUGUCCCUACAAGGUUUAAAACUUUACCAUCACAAGUGAAGUAUAAUACACAAAGUCAACAAUUUAACAAUUCAUCAGUUCCAGCUGAUAAUGUCAUUUGUUCUAUUAUGCAAAAACAGAAUGAAAUCACAUCAAUGCUUGUUCAGCAACAGUUAACAGCUACUCUUCCUCAGCAUGAGAUUCCAGUUUUUGAUGGUAAUCCAUUGCAGUGUAUGUCUUUUUUAAGAGCUUUUGAACAUUGUGUAGAAGAAAAGACAAAUAAUUACCAGGAUUGUUUAUACCUCUUAGAGCAACACAAUCGUCUUACCUGUGACAAAUGCCAUCUAAAGCAUCCCACCCUUUUGCAUAUAAAUAACAAAGAACCAUCAAUAAGCAGUGCAUUUGUGACUCACCAAGCCAGUGUUUGUACUGGGGCCGGAGACCAUGACUGUACUCUCUCCAUUGUUCCAGUCAAAAUUAAGUCUAAGAAAGGAAAUAAGGUGCUGCAGACCUAUGCCUUCUUAGAUCCUGGGAGUACAGCCACUUUCAUUACCAGCACACUCAUGACUCAACCGAAUCUACAAGGCACAAAGACCAACAUUCUCCUGCGCACCAUGGGUCAGGAGAAGCUGGUGCCUAGUCACUGUGUUACUGGGCUGGAGAUUUCUGAGCUGGGAGAAAACAACUUUAUGGACCUCCCAGAGGUUUACACGCAAGAAAAUAUUCCUGUCUCAAAAACCAAUAUUCCACAUCAGCAAGAUAUUGAGAAUUUGGAAUAUCUCAAAUCUAUUAAGAUCCCAGAAUUGGAUGCUGAUGUUGGGCUUUUGAUUGGUAUGAAUGCACCAAAACUCAUGGAACCAUGGGAGAUCAUUAACAGCAAAGGAGAUGGACCGUAUAUGCCGUGAAGACCCUAUUAGGUUGGGUCAUAAAUGGACCUUUAAGAAGUGCAAAUGGUGGUCAGAGAAGCUGUCCAACUGUUUACAUUAAUCAGAUCUCCAUCAUUAAACUAGAGGAUCUGUUGAUGUCUCAAUAUAACAUGGAUUUCAGUGAGAAAGCACUGGAAGAGGAGCAGGAAAUGUCAAUGGAGGACAAAAGGUUCAUGGAAAUAAUGGAGCAAUCAACUUGCAAGCAAAAUGGACAUUAUUGUUUGGACCUGCCCUUUAAUAAGGAUGACAUAAUCAUGCCCAAUAACCGGUGUAUUGUGGAGCAGCGCAUUCAAAAUCUCAAAAGGAAGUUUGAGAAGAAUAAGGCCUAUAAGGAGGAAUAUACAGCAUUUGUCACUGACUGGAUUGACAAAGGCUAUGCUGAAGUUGUUCCUCAUGACCAGUUGGAGC